AUGCCAAAAUUAUUUGCUGAAUUAAUUAUUAAAUGUUGGGAUGCUCAUCCAUACAAAAGACCAAUUUCUGGAGAGAUACAAAAAAUUCUAAACACUUGGAAUAAUGAGAUGUUAAACAAUGAACUAACUGAAUUUGUUGCACAAAUAAAGAAGGCAGAUGAAAUACUUUCUUCAUGCAUAUUAGCACAAUCUCACAUCACGACAGAUACUGAAGCAACUUAUACUAAUAAUACU